GCAGGGGUGGGGAGAGGGGAGGGAAGGAAGGAGGGGAUCCCCGAAGCCAAAUAAAGGCGGAGGAGGGAGGGAGGGAGAAAAAAGAGGGAGGAGGAGACCAGCAAGAGAGAGGAGGCGGUACCCUCCUCCAGCUCCGAUCCCCAGCCGGUUCUGGGCUCUGCUCUGAAACUUUCCUGUGCCUUUGCUGGGGCCGCGGGCUGCUGCCGCCGGGCGGGCCCCAAAGCGGCCACGGCAGAACCAUGAACCGGCUGGCCAAGCGCGGGAGCGACACGCUCAUCGAGAUGGUGGCCACUGAUGAUGAUAUUGCCGUUCUCACCAAGUUCAAGUCCACAAAUCCAGAAGGAGAAGAUUCGAAUGGACCUUCCUAUGAAGUGAAUUCCAAUGCAGGAUCUGAAAUCCCAAGCAACUCUGAGGGUCUAAGCAGCACUGAGACUACCUUGCUCAUCUCUGAUCAUCGAGGGACAGCAAAGAAAUUUAACCUGUUCCUGCGGCGGCGUCUCAUGUUUGACAAGCGCCAACAAAGCAAGGAUUCUGUUUUCUUCCGUGAUGGGACUCGAAGGAUUGAUUUUGUACUUUCUUAUAUUGAUGAUCCAAAGCAGGAAGGAGAAAAAAAGGUGGAAAGAAGAAGGGAAUUUGAAAGCAACCUCUUGAAGUCUGGCCUGGACUUAGAAACAGAAGACAAAAAGGACUCUGAGGAUGGGCGAACUUACUUUGUCAAGAUCCAUGCCCCUUGGGAGGUGCUGACCACCUACGCGGAAGUGUUGAACAUCAAGAUGCCCAUUCGUGAGAAUGACAUUCCCCCAGCCAAGGAGAAUCCCUUUGAGUUUAUGUUUGAGCCUUUCCGGCUCCCAAAGAAAGUGAUGAAUCCCGAGCCGGACUACUUCACAGCCCCAUUCAGCAAACAGAGGCAGGAACUCUUCCUCAUUGAAGAUGAGAACUCCUUUUUCUCACCAUCAGUGAGAAAUAGAAUUGUUUACUAUAUUCUCUCACGAUGCCCCUAUGGUACAGAAGAAGGAAAGAAAAAAUUUGGCAUUAAGAGACUCCUAACCAAUGGUACCUAUUCGGCAGCUUACCCACUCCAUGAUUGCCAAUAUUGGAAGAAAGCGAAGGAUCAAACCUAUGGCAAUGAGCGGUAUACCCUCUAUACACAAUGGGCUCGCUUCUUGAGGUUUUAUAAGGAGCAACCUUUAGAUCUGAUCAGGAGAUAUUAUGGAGAGAGAAUUGGCAUCUACUUUGCCUGGCUGGGAUUCUAUACCGAGAUGCUGUUCUAUGCGGCAGUUGUUGGCUUAAUCUGUUUUUUCUAUGGUUUGCUUACAAUGACUGACAACAUGAGCAGCAUAGAAAUCUGCAAUGAGACCAUCGGGGGAGAGAUCAUCAUGUGUCCCCUCUGUGAUGUGAGGUGUGAAUAUUGGAAACUGAAUACCACGUGUGAAUCCUCAAGGUAUUCCCACUUGUUUGAUAAUGUGGCCACACUAUUUUUUGCAAUAUUCAUGGGAAUAUGGGUUACCUUAUUCCUAGAAUUUUGGAAACGACGCCAAGCCCGGCUGGAGUAUGAGUGGGACUUGGUGGACUUUGAGGAGGAACAGCAGCAACUUCAGUUGAGGCCUGAAUAUGAAGCCAAGUGUACUCAAAAGAAAAAGAACCCAGUGACUCAGGAAAUAGAAUUUGAAAGAAAGUGGACUUUAGAUUUCUAUGGGAAACUACUCCUCUGCUGGAUGGCAAUCCUCUUUUGGAUCUUUCUAAUCAUAGCCAGUAUGAUAGCAGUGAUUGUGUACCGCCUGUCAGUCUACGCGGCAUUUGCCAGCUUCAUGGAAUCGACACAAACUCUCCAGCCCAUCAGCAGCCUGUUGACACCCCAGUUGGCCACAUCGGUCACUGCAUCCUGUUUAAACUUUGUCAUCAUCAUGAUUCUGAAUUUCUUGUACGAGAGGAUAGCCAUCUGGAUCACAGAUAUGGAAAUUCCUCGAACCCACCUGGAAUAUGAGAAUAGGCUCACGAUGAAAAUGUUCCUGUUCCAAUUUGUCAACUAUUACUCGUCAUGUUUUUAUGUGGCAUUCUUUAAAGGGAAAUUUGUGGGCUACCCAGGAGCCUACACAUACAUGUUCAACAAAUGGAGGAAUGAAGAGUGUGAUCCAGCAGGCUGCCUUAUAGAACUAACAACACAGCUGACCAUCAUCAUGGCUGGAAAACAGAUCUGGGGCAACAUCCAGGAAGCCAUUCUGCCUUGGAUUUGGAACUGGUGGAGACGCCGGAAAGCAAGGACAAACUCUGAGAAACUGUAUAGCCGAUGGGAGCAGGAUCAUGAUCUUCAAAGUUUUGGGGCUCUGGGUCUAUUCUACGAGUACUUAGAAAUGGUCAUCCAGUUUGGUUUCAUCACCCUGUUUGUGGCCUCCUUUCCUCUGGCUCCACUUCUUGCCCUUAUGAACAAUAUUUUGGAAAUCCGAGUUGAUUCUUGGAAACUGACCACCCAGUACAGGAGGCCUGUGGCUGCCAAGGCCCAUAGCAUAGGAGUGUGGCAAGAAAUCCUCAAUGGCAUGGCUGUCUUGUCUGUUGUUACUAACGCUUUCAUUGUGGCCUUCACGUCGGACAUGAUUCCUCGUCUCGUUUAUUACUAUGCCUACUCAACGGACAGCAGUUCCCCCAUGUCUGGAUACAUCAACAACAGUCUUUCCGUGUUCCAGAUUUCUGAUUUUCCAAGUAAUACUGCACCUAUGGAGAACACAGGUGCAUUCACUACUUGCAGAUACAGAGAUUAUCGUUAUCCUCCUGACCACGAAAAGAAAUAUUUACACACCAUGCAGUUCUGGCACAUCCUUGCUGCCAAGAUGGCCUUCAUCAUUAUUAUGGAACACAUCGUUUUUGUUGUCAAAUUCUUUGUGGCCUGGAUGAUCCCUGAUGUCCCAGCAGAGGUGAAAGCCCGGAUCAAAAGGGAAAAGUUCCUGACCAUCCAAAUCCUCCAUGAGUAUGAGCUCCACAAACUCAAAGAGAAACUGUGCAAUAGGACAGAUGAUCAGGUGGAGAAGGAAGUUAUUGCCACAGAAGGGAAAAGGGAUCUGGCCCAGGUGAUGGGAUAGCCAAGGAACACCACUAACACCUGCUGGCCUGGCUUGCCUCAAUUCUCUGAGACCUGGCUUUGGGCCAGGAAGCAUAUGUGCAUUUUGGCCCUUCCUUUUUUUUAUCCAAAGAUUUUUAAGCUCUUAUAGAAGUCACUGGUCCCAAGCUUUGCCAUAUUGGAAGCCAGCCCAUUAUAACUUCACGGUGCCAGUUCUCGCCACAUGUCAUUUUAUAGAUUUCUGUAUGUUAACCGUUAAAGUGUGUGUCCAGAGUCCAGUUAUUAGAAGAUGAUGGAAUGUUGCUAUUUAACUCAGAAUAUUCAUGGUAAGGCAUGAUUUCAUCUUCCAGUACAUCGGAAUGUUGUCAAAAACUUCUAUCCUCGAGUAUUUUAUACACUUUGGUUUAAGUUUUCCCAUCAAGCGAUUUUAUGACAAAAAAAUAGAAAGAAGAGAAAUAUGUCUUCCAAAGAAUUCGUAUUUUGCCACUUACUCAAAGAAAUAAAUUAAUCUAAAAGAAAUACAAACCUACACACAUAUACAUCAGGUGAAACAUUAUAUCCUGGGCCCAGUGCAUAAAUUUAAUGAGUUAACUGUCCAUUAAAAUCCAGGAGGGCUGGCCUUCCAGGAAAUUUCAUGAAUGUUUUUUCCCCCCCAAAAAAUCAGACUUCAUAAGCAUUUUAAAGAACUGACUCACCCACCCCCAGUUCUUGAAUGCCAUUCAUUAUCUCUUACCUGGGAAUCAGGCAUGCUUUUAAGUGUUGAAUUUCUGUGAGUCGUCAUGAAUAUAAAAUGAGUUGUACAGAAGCAGAUAUCUUAAUAUUUAAAGAAAUCAAGACAAUGUAUAUUAAUGUAUCUACUGUCUUUAAAGUUAUGAAGUUGAUAGAAUUAUUGUUAUUGAAGACUUGCCUUCCAGAAUGCUUCUCUCGCCUCAUGGAGCCAUUUUUUUUUUGCAUAUGGUAGCAUCAGCCAUAUUUGUCAGUUAGCCAUAAACUGUUAAUGAAAUGUGUCCUUGUCAACUUAAAGCAAUUUCAAGCCUUUUAAAAAAUUAUUUCACAACUGUUUUCUAUGGCUAUACUAGCCUAUACUGUACCCAGUGCCUUUUUUCUAUGUCUUUGAUAUAUAUGAAAUGAAAGUGUUGGUUUGUGAGAAAAUCCCCAGAAUUAUAUUUCAGACGUAAGUCUGUAGACCCUGAGAAGUGAUCAGCCUAAUAAUCAAUGCCUGUGUUAUCCCUGGAGGAAGAGGGAUUCGUAGAUGGUUAGAUGAGUCUGUAAUAUUUGUAUAGUCUUCCUGAAAUUAAAUGUAAGGUAUACCUCUGCACAUCUGUAGCAUUCUAAUGUCCUCAAACUUAAGUCAUACACACAUAUUCAUAUAUAUGGGAGUGUGUAUGUGUGUGUCUAUAUUUAUACAUAUAUACAUAUUCCCACACACUCUAUAUGUGUGUGUAUAUAUGAUGUACAUGUAUUUAAAAUAGAGGAACAAGUCAGUUUGAUAUUAUUUGAACCUCUUAGUUCCUAGCUUGUUUUCAGUUCCAAAUGACUUUUUUUUUAUCUAGAGACAAUGUUUGAGCAAAAAAAUUCAGACAGGAUUCCUUAUAGGAUUUCUCGUGUUAAUUACCUACCUCCUCCAGCACACAACAUCCUUUUUCCGCCAUUCAAGAAGUGGCGAACGACAUGGGUUGAUCCUUUACGAUUGAUGUUUGGGAGUUUUCAGACCACAAAUCUGGGUCUGGUAAAUCCUGACAGUCACCCCCCUCCACAUACACACACACUAUUUCCCCAGGGCUCUCCCCAGCAUCCCUACUUGCCAAUCAUUGAAUCAGAUUGAUGCCAUCAAUUGGACUGACUUAAUUUUUUUUAAUAAAUCUAAAUAAACUGUUCAUUGUAGAUCUAAUGUGCAGGCUAUUGAGCCACUUGAGAACCAAUCAGGUAUUAAGUGCAAUAAGCCAUCAAUGAAUUUUCUUUAUGCCAACUUGUAUGCUGCUAUUAUAUUGCACAUGAUUUAUUCACUGUGCUCUUUUCUCUUUCUUGUAUGUAAGUUCGAGUUUAUCCUGCUUAAAUGGUUUCGAACUCAGCUUCAUGGAGUUAGGUAUAUUUCCCGAAUGUCCCACCAAAGGGCUAAUUUUGGAGUGUAAACUGGAAAGCAGACAUUAUUGUUUUGAUUAAGUAUGCAUGAAGUGACCACAGAUGGGAGAAAACAUUUUUUUAAAUUAUCCAAAUGCAUUUAUAGUGUUGGAUGGACUUUUUGUUUUGAAAGAGAGAUUUUGGAGAAUUCUGGGUGUCCGAAAAGUCUUUAUAAGCUUCAGUAACUAAAAAACUGUACUAAGACUUUUUGUCCCUUUCAAGGGACAUCCUAUACUUUGUUCUUAGGGUUAUUUCUGAUUUCUAGAAGGAUUUCCAUAUUCUUGGGGUUGCAAAAGAAACUCUGAAGCUUGCCUCAGUUCAGUAAAUUCUACCCCAGACUCAAUGUUUCUUUCUAGAGUGUCCACAGCAAACACCUCUCAUAUGAUGGGGGUGGUCAUCUUUCAUCAUUUGAUUGGAUUAUUCCAAGUUGUACAUGAUAGCUGUGUUUUCACAAGCAGUCUAGGAAGCCUUUGCUUCAUGCUAAGCCUCACUUGACAUUUGGCAAGAGCCAAAAUAGGCUUAGGACUGCAUUCACACUCUCUUCUUACCCUUGUCUCUACCAUUACUUUUAUUUUUUCAUAAAAAAUAUAGUCCACAAAACACUACCGUCAUCACAUUACCCAGAAGAGGAGAGUUGGAAAUGUGUGAAAAUUCCUUUUUCUGCUUCUUUGGCUCUCCCUGUUUAGCACACAUUAUCACAUUCAAUCAAGGUGUUACAAGAAUAACAUGUACUGUAUCUGUGUAGUAGUUGGAUGAGUUCUUUCUUUUUAAGUUGACUGAAAAGUUGAAGGGAUUUUCACCCUUACAGUGUAAGCAGUGAUAUGUUUUCCUACCUUUUAAGACUGUAAAUAAAUACAAAUACAUAUAUAUAUAAAGCAUCCUUUAAUUCAAGGGAAAAUGAUCCUGUAGGACCUCUUGGCAAUACUUGGCCUCCCUCAACUGCCUCAAGAGAAAAAUGUGCUAAUUAAGCAAGACUGUCAAUGACUGGACUCUUUGAGUUUAAAAAAAGAAACACUGUAAUGAGAGGUUUUACUUUUUAAUUGAACAGACAUGAAAUAUCUGCUUCUAAAGGAAAUGGAAUGUUAGGAAGUAGUUAUGGGAUCAUGAAGGAAUUAUGCUACCAAGUAACACUAUAUCCUUUUUAUAACCAUUUUCUUUUAUUUGUUUACUGCUCUUUUGCCUUUGUGCAUGACUGUUCAAAAUAUGUUGGCUUUUCCAAUCAAAGAAAUAAAUAAUAUGAGCAGAAAAGGAAGGAAUUGUGGGUAUUGACAUUAUGUGUGGUAGUCACUCACUUCCCUACCUGGAUUCCAGAUCAUAAUGGUUUUUUAGUUAAUUGAGAGUGGUUGGAAGGUAAUUUGCUAUACUGUGGUAUCCUGAUGAUGAAUCCGCCUCACUGCACCCACCUCCCUGUUUUCUUUUUUAUUUAAAUGUUGCUUUUAAUCAAUCUGUAUAUGACUUUCAGGAGACGUGAAUUCAGUCGGUGAAUAAAGCAACAUUUAAUUUUUUAAA